AUGCGCGCUCGAUGCCACACCAGCCGCAUCGCAGCCGCGGCUCAAAAUAAACAUCAAUACUAUACAUAUGAUACACUAAUGUACACAGGUUCACUUUCUGGCUUUAGGCUUGGUGACCUUUCCGCUCUUGGCAGCAGCCUUUGCGGUCUUUGGCUUCACAACUUUGGCAGCCUUUGUAGCUUUCGCUUUCGUGACUGGUUUGGUAACUUUCGCUGCGGGUUUCUUAGUUUCUUUCUUAGUCUCUUUCUUCACAGGCUUUGCAUUCUUUGCAGUCUUGGUCUUCUUUUCCGUCUUCACAGCCUUCGUCUUCUCCGCCUUUGGUUUUGUCGCCUUUGUCUUUUCCGCCUUCUUCUCUGUCUUUGGUUUCGCCUUGGUAGUCUUGGUGGUCUUCGCGACUUUCUUGGUAGCAGCCUUUGGCUUCACCGACUUUACCGUUGGUGGCUUUGCCUUGAUAGCCUUAACAGCCUUCUCCUUCUUUGCCGUGGUAGCCUUCUUGGGCUUCUCUGGUUUAGUGACCUUGGCGGUCUUGGCAGCAACCAGUUUCUUUGCCAUUUUCACGGGACCAGAAGCGCCCUUUGGUUGAAGGAAAUCACCAGUAUCAACACCUUUUCUCAACGCAAUAUUAAAGAGCGAAUCAAAGUUGUGGGCCGUGAUGUUGAAGUUUGUUUGCACGUACUUCUUUAA